GCAUGAAGAGGAUGUGGGCAGUCCUCCGCAUGUGUUCAAGUUUGCAAUUGACUGCCUGAACAGACCCAGCUUCAUCUUCGAGAAGCUCGAGCUUGGACUUACAGUCAGCGGUGGCGAAACGCUGUGUGGCAGUUUGCGAUACUCAAAGUACGGCAAGUCUUAUGAGCGCACAACCCCGGGGCUCACCCCGGUCUAUGUUCAAAAAGGAGACUUUGUGAACUUUACCUGCAUCCUUCUUCCCCUGCACGUGGCGGCCACGACCCAUAGCGAGAACAACUAUUCAGGUGAGGUCCCCCUGGCUUUGAAGAUCAAUCCGACGGGUGCCAAAGAGGAAGUUGAGCAGCUCAGGUUUGGGAGCUUGACCUUGGGCAUGGAGUCCGAAGAUGAACCGCCUUGGCGCGCAUGCAAGAAGGCCGUGGAGGAUGCUUACGCAUGGACUUUGGAGAGGGUCGAGACCAAAGGAAAUGAGCACGUGUUGGAAUGGAGCAGCCCGCCAUUCUUGGAUCAAAGUCGCAUCACUGACGACUUUGACCAAAUGACGUCUGAGAUUGUGAAGGGGGACUUUCGCGAAGUCAAGAGAGAAAUUCCUAUGUUGUCCACAUACCUCCUGAAAUUCUCUCCUGAGAUUUCUGCGGCAUCUGCAGACACAGUGCAGGACACCGAUCUAUCGCACCUGGUGCUCUUGGAAGGGAAGUGGCUGUAUGACAAAUCCACUCUUCCCAACAUCUAUAAGGAAAACAACUACGUCCAGAUGACCGUAAACGCAUCGGCACUUCCCAAGGGGACAAAGAACAUGGACGUGACGGUCAAGUACCUGAUCGAGACAGGGAAGGGCCCUUUUUUCCACACCGUGCAGUUGCCUGUUGUGGAUGCAGGUGUCCUUCCCGCAGCCACAACAAGCACCACGACUGCGGCAACUACAGCGACUACAUCAACUACAGAAGCGCCUGUAACGAAGGGUGCAACCACCUCGACGACUUCCCAGGCCCAGGCAUCUACGACCAUGGCAGCUGUGUCGGAUGCAACAACACAAAGACCCACAAAGGAUACAACCUCAACGUCGCUGGGACCCUACACGAAGUGGAUUCUCGCGGCAUUGUUCGUGGCCUUUGUGGUGCUCCUGGCCUCCUUCUUCGUGAGGCGUCAAAGAUUGGUGGCAGCCCGUGAUCAGGAAGAGGGCGUUGAGCUGCGAAAUGCGUCUUAG